CGUCGCCGUCCGCCGCGGCAGGUCGCUGUCAUGUCCUCGCCUCAACCCGCCGCCCAGUAACCGCCGCCGCCACCUGAAGCCGGAGAGGAGAGGAGAGGAGGGGAGGGAGUCAUGGCGUACCGUUACCUGCUGGCCGCCCGCUGUUGCCGCGGCUUGUGUAAGAGCCCGGGCCCUCGGCGCUGCAGGCCGCCCUGGAGGCCGUCUUCUGGUUGUGCGUUUAACGGUGUGGAUUUGGAAGAGAAAAGCCUGCUGACAAAUGUGCUUGGUGCCUACCGACGCCUCUGCUCAAGACCCCCAAAAGGAUUUGAAAAAUAUUUUCCAAACAAAUCCAAAAGAGCAAGUGAAUCCAAAGGAUCGUCCAAUGAGGCAAAAGAGACAAAAUCUACAAAUUCUCAGAGUCCAGGGACAAAUGGUUCAGGUGGUGGAAGCGGCGGAAAGAAAGGCGGGCGAAAGGAUGAUUCUACCUGGUGGGCCAGGUUGCAGAAGGGUGAUAUUCCAUGGGAUGAUAAAGAAUUUCGGCUUUACUUCCUUGGAGGAGCAGCAUUUUGGGCAACGGUUACUUAUUAUCUUUUCUUCAGGAAUGUUGGUCGUGAGGUUACGUGGAAAGACUUUGUCAAUAACUACCUAUCAAAAGGAAUAGUGGACAGGCUGGAAGUCGUAAACAAACGCUAUGUUAGAGUAGUUUUUUCUCCAGAUAAAUUAACCAUGGAUGGGCAGUACGUAUGGUUUAAUAUUGGCAGUGUGGAUACUUUUGAACGGAAUCUGGAGUCGGCGCAGCAGGAACAGGGCAUCGAAGGUGAAAGUCGGAUACCUGUCGUAUAUUCCACCGAGAGCGAUGGCUCGUUUCUGUUGAACAUGCUUCCGACUAUGCUGAUCAUUGGCUUUCUGCUGUUUGCCCUGAGACGAGGAUCAGCGGGCAUCGGCCGAUCGGGGCGCGGAAUGGGUGGACUGUUCAGUGUGGGAGAAACAACAGCAAAGGUUCUCAAGGACGAAAUUGAUGUAAAGUUCAAGGACGUGGCAGGAUGUGAGGAAGCGAAGUUGGAAAUAAUGGAAUUUGUUAAUUUUCUGAAGAAUCCAAAUCAGUAUCAAGAACUUGGAGCAAAAAUUCCAAAGGGUGCUAUUCUCAUGGGCCCUCCAGGCACUGGCAAAACACUGUUAGCCAAGGCCACUGCAGGAGAGGCCAAUGUUCCAUUCAUCACUGUGAAUGGUUCUGAAUUCCUGGAAAUGUUUGUCGGUGUCGGACCUGCCAGAGUGCGAGAUCUAUUUGUAAUGGCUCGUAAAAAUGCUCCCUGUAUCCUGUUCAUUGAUGAGAUAGAUGCAGUUGGAAGGAAAAGGGGUCGUGGUAAUUUUGGAGGACAAAGUGAACAAGAGAACACUUUAAACCAGCUCCUGGUAGAAAUGGAUGGAUUCAACACUGCCAUCAAUGUGGUGGUGUUGGCAGGCACGAACCGGCCAGACAUCCUGGACCCUGCACUGAUGAGACCUGGUCGAUUUGACAGACAGAUUUACAUUGGGCCACCUGAUAUAAAAGGAAGGGCUUCGAUUUUUAAAGUUCAUCUUAAUCCUUUAAAAUUAAAAUCUUCCAUCAAUCAAGAAAAUUUGGCAAGAAAUCUAGCCGCUUUAACUCCAGGCUUCACAGGAGCAGACAUUGCUAAUGUAUGCAAUGAGGCUGCUUUAAUAGCUGCCAGACAUCUAUCGGAGUCCAUUAUACAGAAGCACUUUGAGCAGGCCAUUGAACGGGUAAUUGGAGGACUGGAAAAGAAAACUCAGAUUCUACAGCCAGAAGAGAAGAAAACAGUCGCGUAUCAUGAGGCCGGCCAUGCAGUUGCUGGCUGGUUCCUGGAGCACGCCGACCCUUUGCUGAAGGUAUCCAUCAUCCCUCGUGGUAAGGGGCUGGGUUAUGCCCAAUAUUUACCCAAAGAGCAGUACCUCUACAGCAAGGAGCAGCUUCAUGAUCGCAUGUGUAUGACACUGGGAGGACGAGUUUCAGAGCAAAUAUUUUUUGGUAAGAUUACCACAGGAGCACAAGAUGAUUUAAAGAAAGUUACCCAAAGUGCCUACGCCCAGAUCGUUCAGUUUGGUAUGAAUGAAAAGGUGGGGCAGGUAUCCUUCGACUUCCCACGACAAGGUGAGAUUACUUUGGAAAAACCGUACAGUGAGAUGACUGCCCAGCUAAUAGAUGAAGAAGUGCGAUCACUCAUCAAUUCUGCCUACGAGAGGACUCUGAAACUUCUGACGGAAAAGAGAGAAGAAAUUGAGAAGGUGGCCCAGCGAUUGUUGGAGAAGGAGGUACUCGACAAGGCAGACAUGAUUGAGCUGUUGGGACCGCGACCCUUUGCUGAAAAAUCAACGUAUGAGGAGUUUGUAGAAGGGACGGGAAGCCUCGAUGAAGACACGUCUCUACCCGAGGGCCUAAAGGACUGGAACAAGGAAAGAGAAAAUGGGAAAAAAAAAUCACAGAAGGACAAGUUGCAGAACACAUCACCAGAAGAGUUUGAUACUAAAUGAGAGCCAUUAUUCGGCUGAGUGCUUUUAAAAUAACGAUCCCACACUGGAAAAUGAUGCUUCCUUGUCUCUGUUCAGACCUGUUGGUUAAUCAUUUUAACAUCUUUAUAUGGUUCACCAACUGAGCUGUACACGUCCAGUGUACUUUGUGGGUAAUUAAUUUCUGUUGGUCUGACUGAUGUCAAAAUGAAUAAGAAGCUAAAAUAGCAAUGUUUUCCAUUUGUAUUUUAACAAAGAUUGAUUAACUCCAACACUGGAAGAUUCCUGCCUCUGCCUCUGGUGGCUAUGUCUGAGAGAAUUUUUAUUUACGAAACAGCUUUGCUUUGGUUUUCAAGAGGAAAUGUGUGUCUACUGAUGGGCAGGACCAGGGUGGUAGUAAAAUGUUAACGUGCACAGUUUUCAGUACCUUGUGAUGGUGAUCCUGCUUACAGUUCAGAUCUGAGCUGUUGGAGGCAUGAUUGUAAUUAAUUUAUGUAAAUAGUGUUUAUUUUGAAAUGAAAAUAAAAGGUAAAAUAUU